GGACACAGCGGAUCACCGAUCAACAGAAAGAGCCGAAGACGUUGGCCCGGUCAUGUGAUCAGCUGUGUCCAAUCAUAGCUGAUCACAUGGGACAUCUACACUGAUCAUCAGGGCAUUCAUGAUCAAUGUGCCCUGAUGAUCAGUGUAGCCCCAGCAGUGCCACCUGUCAGUGUCCAUCAAUGCCACCUGUCAUUGCCCAUUAGUGCAUUAGUGCCAUCAAUGCCAGUGCCACAUCAAUGCCACAUAUCAGUGCCUACCAGUGCACAUCAAUGCCACCUAUCAGUGCUCAUCUCAGAUCCCUUUCAGUGCUACCUAUCAAUGCCAGUCAGCGCCGCCUAUCAGUGUUGCCAAUCAGUGCUGCCUAUCAGU